UUUUGAAAAUUUCAAAUGAAUGAUUGUAGUGAUCAAAUAGUAAUUUAAAAAUGUAUUCGACGAUUAUUCCUUUUUAAAAUACAAAAAAUUGUAUAUUUGUACCUAAUGUGAUUCUACCGAAAACUGGUGGUACUGUUUUAUACCAAUUUCUUUUCUUAUUUUCUCAACUAUUAAAAAAACAUAAAAAUACAAUAUUUUCCUAUUAUUGACUCCUCAUUCUUAAAACCACCGACAACUUUAACUUUGCUACUAAAAACUACUUUGUAGAUCGGACCAGAUUCGAAAUGUGAUGACACAGGGUAAUCUACUAUACACCCUCUAGACUACUCAAUCAUUUCGAUCCAUCACUCCUAAAGUCAUGUUCUCGUAUCAGACAUUUCAUCAUCAACACUUUGUUUUAAUAGGUUUUUAAAUCCUUCUAUAGAAAGAGAGGCAAGUAAAUUCCCCAUUUUCAGGCAACCCAUUUGUUUACAACCUAAUUGUUUUCUUUUCUCACUCUAUAACAGCCUGUCCGGCCGUGUUGCGCAUCUCCCGCAGGAACGCUGUACGCUGUGGCCCAAUGUCCUGUUUCGAAAUCAGUGCUGUAGACCUGAAAUCUUACUACCGUCGUCAAUAGUCGUUCCCGUCGUAAACGCCAUUUCACAUUAUCCUACACAUGAUUACAUAGUAAGCCCUGGCACGCUCGUUGAAACGUUAUAACAUAGCAACUGCCAACUAUUAUAUUAUACAUAACAGUAAAUACGCGACUGAUUACCUUAUUUAGAUACGUGGUACCAUGGAAUUCAAUAGCUUAACCAAUAUUGAGGUGCUGAAGAUCGACAAUACGCUGACGGCUAUGGGAUAUGAGAAUAACGUUGAUUUGAGAAACAAAAUGGGAUGGAUGAUCGACGAGAUGGGCAAAGUGUCAGCAAUGUCACAAGAGUUAAGGUCGCCGAUUACCAGCGCAGAAAUGCUCAUCAAUUCCGAUCACGUCCUCUAUAUGAUGAUCGAACACAAUACUUCUGCGCAUUUUGUUGUUGUUGGAAUUUUAAUGACGGGAUGGAAAAAAUUAUGUCUCUACAACAAAGCUGUAGGAUCCUGUAAAGAAACCAUGGUUUACUGUUUAAUGGAUUUCUACAUCCAUGAAUCCAGACAGUUCAAAGGUUAUGGAAAAUACCUAAUCGAUUACAUGCUGAAGGAUAUGCAUUUAUGUGCCAAAAAUUUGGCUAUUGAAAAACCGACUAAAAACCUAUUGCAGUUUAUGUGGAAACAUUUUCAAUUAUCUAAACUUGUAAACCAGGGAAACAAUUUCAUAAUCUAUGAAGAGUUUUUUGACGAUGCAUUCAACGAAAGGAGUUAUAGCAACAGUGUAAAUAGAAUAUCAACUUCCACUUGUACAUGUCAAUCAAUGCUAGGACAACAUGAAACACCAACAUAUCAUGAAACAAUGGGCGAAACUGUACAAGAAAAUGCUGUAUUUUCGGGGUCAAAUUACAACCCAGGGAUCAAUUUUGUUGAAAAUCAGUUUAAAGAAGUAAAUGCAUUUCAAAAGGCACAGCAAGAUAGAAAUUCUGUGAAACAAGAUCAAAUAUUCCAACAGAAUUAUCCAAUAUAGAAUAUGCUAAAUGAUAAUUCAACAUAAUAAUAUUUACUAGGUAUAUAUUUUUUUCCU